GAAUGUUUUCAAAGGAAGAAUGAUAAGAUGUUUGUAGUGUUGUAGUGUAAUGAAACCACCAUUACGAGGGUGAGGUAGAUUUCAAGAUUCACAAUUAAAACACAUAACACGGUCCUUGACAGUUGUCAAUGUCAUUUUUAAAAUAAUUUUUGUACGCAAUGUCUCGCCAUUAUUCGUGUAAUCAAUACAACGGCGCGUUCGAACCGAAAAUCCUUUUAAACUAUGAGGUGCCGAAAUUCUACGUAGACAAACCUUUAUCUCCGAGAGGUCCGACCAAAUUUAUAGCCAACGAAAAGGGAUACAUCAUUCCAGGCUAUCCCAGAGCCAAAGAAAUGCGUGCCAUGUGCUUUGAAGCUUGGGACUUCCCCAAAAAGAUAACCAGGGAGACGGCGAAUCAACUGAAUGGUUUGGCGUAUCUGAAAGAUUUGAAAUUGAGGGCGUUGAAACCUAGGCCGACUCAUAGACCGUCACCAAAGCUUCAACGUAAGAAAUCUGAAGAAAGUGACGUUACUCCAGAAGUUGAGGUAGAAGAGGAGGAACUGGAGAAGAAGGAGAUCGUAUUUUGUCCUAUACAUUUUAUUAAAGUUAAUCAAGAAAAAGAGAAACAAGAUGAUGAGGCCGUUCAGAAAGCUGAAAACGAAGAUGAGAAACGUUGUAAAUGUAUCAAAAAGCCUGACAAUAAUUAAUAAAUUAAUAAUUCGACACUUUAUAUUUAAGUAAAAUUAUGCGUAUUAAAGUGUAAAAUAAAAAUAUUAACGUGGCAUGCUUCAGUAUCGAUUGAAAUAAAGUUACAAAAUCAUUUUUUA